AUGAAUCGUUUACCAAUAGUCCUUUGUUUUUUUGUUUGUUUAUCAACUGCUAAUUACACAAUAUUUAGUAAUGGAACAUUUAGAAAUAACUGGUAUGAAAAAGGUUCUAGUUGUUACGCUUCUCAAACAAGUCAAUAUAAUGGACAAUAUAUUCUCUAUACCCAAAUGGCAAGAGAUAAAUUUUUAAAUUUAUACUCAGACACACCAAUAAAAGAUUAUAAUUUUUUAACAUUUGCAAUUAAUUGGGAAGAUCAAUACUGCACUUUAAGAAUUGGAGUAGAACUUGGAACAGAAGGAUACCUUACUAGUUUUAGUUUUAAACCUGACGUUUUAGAACCACAAAAAUGGAAUAGAGUUGUUGUAGACAUAUCAUCACUUUAUUCUAAAGACAUUGACACAAUUAGAGUUAACAAAAAUGACCUUCGUGAUACGAAUAUCAUGUUUAAUGAUAUUAUGUUUACUAAUGAACCAUUACCCGCUGGUGUUUUUGAAUAUCCUAAACUACAAACUUCCUCUGAAGACUCUGAACUUAAAGAUUCUUCUGCUCUUAUUAUUAUGUCAUUAGCUGCUAUAAUAUUCACUAUCUUCUUUUAG